GGGACCGGAAGCAAGUAAUACGCCACCUACAGGCCUGAAACAAUAAACUGGUAAAGAAAAGUUAAAAAAAAAUAUUGAAGGCCAAAACCAUCGAGCUCUACACUAGAACUUGUUUAUCAGCCAUCAUUUAUUUAAUGUUAGUUGGUGACCUAACCAUCGCAGCUUCUAGAAUCUGCUAGAGUUUAGAUAUAUCCAGUUGCUUAAAAAAAUUACCAUGGCAGCAGCAGUUUCCCAGCACUUUGAAAAUUUUAAAUCACGUCUUGAUAAAGUUUUGCACGAAAAAAACAAACUCAACGAUUUCUUAGAAAAAAUUGAGCAGAAAACAGGAGUAAGAAGAUUGUACAUCGCACUUGGAUUUAUUGCAAUUAUUGUGCUAUGGCUAAUGGUUGGAUAUGGCUCUCAGUUUCUCUGUAACUUCAUUGGAUUUAUUUAUCCAGCCUACGCAUCUGUUAAAGCAAUAGAAAGUCACGACAAGGAAGAUGAUACAAAGUGGUUGACCUAUUGGGUUGUCUACAGUGUAUUCAGCCUUGUUGAGUUUUUCUCAGACAUUUUUCUCUUUUGGAUUCCAUUUUAUUGGCUUUUGAAGUGCAUAUUUUUGGUCUGGUGCUUUUUGCCAGUACAGUGGAAUGGUUCUCAUACACUCUACUAUAGAUUCAUCCGCCCCUUUAUUUUGCGCCACCAAGAUCGCAUUGAUACUGCUCUUGACAAAGCAAAGGAAGCUGUUUCAGAAGUAUUUAACCUAGCUACUUCUAAGGGUGAGUCCUCUCAAGGCUCUAUUAGAGAGGACACCAGCAAACUAAUGCAGUCGGCUAAAGAAUUAGCAGGGGACAUGGCAAAAGAUGAAGCUUUUCGUCGACUUGCAAACAGUGGAAAGAAUGACUAAAUCAGUGCUGAGUAUUGCACUUACAGGUGCACUUUCUUGCAUUCAGAGAUGUUUUGCUCAGUUUUGAAACUGACUUAGUUACUUUGAAAUCUAUGACCACCCAAACAGAAUCUUCUAGUACACCCUUACAACUUCUUGCUUUGGUUUUAUUACAUGUCCAUUUGUCAUAAACAUCUAACAAAUCUAACAGUGAACUUUGGUGGAUUUAACAUAAAAAAAUGAAAGUGAAUUAAGAUAUGUUUGACAGUUCCAAACAGAUGUGUAACUUUUAUAAGAUUUUAUUUUGAACUAAACUUGAUUAAUAGCUUAGUAUUUAAUUCAUUAAGCUCAUAUUGAAGAGACCACUUGCAUUUUGCUCAAUUAAAAAUGACAUAAUUACACAUUUUGCUGAUGGAUAAUCAGUUAUCUAUAUAACGCUAUGUAAUACCCUUUUCACAGUUCCUAUCUAGCUUUGCACAGUAUUCGUUUCCUUUUUGUAUUGACUGGAUACCAUAAGCUUCAUGUUGGUUAAUUAGAUAUUUACCUUUACUUCCUCUAAAGCACUUUAUCAAAUUAUUUUCACACAUCUAGUUCUUAACCCAGUGCUAACUAUUGCUUUAAGUGUUUGUUUGGCCGCCGCCCCCCCCCCCCCCCCCCCCCCAGGCUCCCCAAAGAUUGAGUGCAAUUUAUUAUAGAUGUAUCUGCAAAAUCAAAUUGCUUUUUGACAUGUGUUGGGGAAAACAUUUUUUUCAUCUUGUAAAAAUGAUCUCUACAUAUUCUAGUCUUUUUUUUUCUCAUUGUUUUACUGAAUAUUCAGACCAUUAUUGAUUGUACCAAGAAAACUGUUACUUUAUCAACACCUAUAUAAUGCAUCUAACACUGAAAAAUAAGGAAACACAUUUAUUUUCUGAAUUGCCUAACUUUAAAAAAUUAAAGAUUUUAUUUUUAUCUAUAGAAGUUACAAGAAUAAAAUUAUGCAUUUUUAUUUUUACAGAUAUAAGCAGAGAUUUUCCAUUUUUAUGAAUGACACUAUUGACAUAUUAUGAGCUAGUAUAAAAAAAUUGCUUUAUUUAUUAUGAUGCAUAUUUUUUGUAAAAUAAAUUCAAGCACAGCUGUUUCCAAUCUAUAAUAAAUUGCUGUUAGUUAUUUGUUUAAUCAGUCUUUUUUAUGUCACUCAUCUGUGCAAUAUAGAUCAUGUACACCAGCAUUUAGUUUUGACUAACCUGUUUAUGCUAGAAAUUCCUUGAUACAUAUAAGCUGUUUACAUUUGCUUACUCACUGUACAACUAUUGCCAUAUUUUUUUCUAUUUUUGGUUUGGGUAAAUUCAAUUUAAUUUAAGAAUGUAUGGGUUUUUGUUUUACAUUUUUUUUUAACUACUCUUGGAUUAUGUGAAAUGACUAUUUUACUCCGGUGCUGGAAGUCUCCUUGGUGUUGCUGAAGCCUGAACUGAAAUCUGGAAACAGAUUUCUUCUUCCAAUUACUAGACAUGACUUAGAUCCAUAAUUCAUUAUCUUAAAAAUCAUUUAUUAAUAUAAACAUUUAAACCUUAGCUAUGUUAUUUAACAAACAGAAUUGGUCCAGAUUUCCCCACCUUUUAAAAGUAAAUAAUUUUGGUUACACUAUUUUAAAUGGUUGUGGUAGUGCUUUGCUUAAAGGCAUCAAUAACUUUUUUAAUCUCUUAAGAUUAAAACUAUAAAACAUUUAAAAGUAUGUCAUUGCUAGACAAUUGAUAGGGAGAUUUUUUAUUCCAGUAUCAUUGUCUUAGUUUGGCUUAGAAAAUGCGCUUUCUUUGUACAAUUGACAUAAAAGCCUGUUGUAUUUGAAUUUAUAUAACUGUUCUUUGUUGUCUUAAUAUUGAGCAGAUAAGCAACUGCUGUCAGAAAGAAAUAAAAGCUACCACAACACAAUGAUUUAUUUUUUAUUUAAAAAAAAUUCCUUAUUGUUAUUUGUUUUACAUUCUCAGGAUGUUAUAUUUUUGUUAACUUUAAUUUACCAACACACUGUUAUUUUGACUACAUAGUUUUUUUUUAAAGUGUGUGUGUGCAUGCUUUCAACUUGAAAAUGUAGACUUCCUAAUGUCUAAAUGUUUUUUUAGACUAAUAAAGCUUACAUAAAGA